CUCGGUGGGCUCGGCUGGCUGGCCAGAGAUAUCGGAGAUUCAGCUGCGCGCAUAUUGAUUGGCGUCGGCGCGGGGUGGGGUGACGGAGUCAGCGGCGCAGACACGCGGCGCAGCGAUCGAUCGCGCAGCCAGCGGCGGCCAGACGGGCGGAAGGCGGCCGAAGGCAGGCAAGCAGGUUCCGCGCUGUGAGCGUGACCCAUAUCCGGCGCAUCGGUGGUCGUCGACGGUGGCGCGACGGAGCGACCCCUGACGGCCGAAGCCACCGACCGGAGGCGAGCGAGCGAGCGCAGGCAGUCAGCCCCCUGCCAGCCGACACGGGACACACAGGCAGCGCCGAGCGUGAGUGAGAGACAGCCAGAGCUCGGCAAGCUCCGUUGGCCGCGGCGGCGACUGUCGACGACGACGACAACGACGACGACGACGACGACGACGACGGCGACGACGACGACGACGACGACGACGAUGACGUUCGCACCAGGGUAGCGGACGAGCAGCGAGCAGCAGCGUCCCCGGCGAGAGUCCGCGCGCCCCGUGGCUCGGUGUGCCAGUGCGCGCGCGACACCGAGCGCCCGUGCGCUCGUCGACGGACCCGCUCGCGCCCCAGCGGCAGCGGCGGCUGCGGCCUACCCUGUCGGCCGCACACUCCCGCACACAGAGCGAGUUCGGAUCCAGCAACUGCAACCCUGGCCUGCCACAAUCCCUUCGACUCCGUCAUCUGCUGUGGCGUCGGAGGUGGCGCUUCCACGGCGCCGCAGGUUCCUCAGCUGCUGGCCACUGGAACCACCUCCAUCAGGAGUGCCAGCAGCAUGCAGGACCCAGUGCUCGAAAACAUUCUCGAGCAAAUGCGCGAAACGGAGGCUCGCCGAGCGGAUCUCGAGCGUCAGCACGCCGAGGCGCAGCAUCACCUGCGCGAGAAGCUUGCGGGCCGCUAUCAAGGCCCUGAAUCCGUGGAGGCCUUACAGUCCAAAAUACGCGAGCUCGAGAAGAAGACCGAGUUGCAGACAGUUCGGCAGGAGGAGCUUGGCCUCGAGCUGACCAGUCUGAAAAGGGCGAGGAGUCGAGCGCCGUCUGCGCUCGGACAGCAUGCUCCGACAUCCAGCUUGGCCACCGCCACUUGGCCACCUGCCGGAUCCGACAUCGAUCGCAUUAUGGCAAAACUCGAGCAGGACAGGUAUCGCUUCAGCAGCGGCAGGAUGCUGCACGACCUUGAUCACACGCGGCUUAGUGGCGGUGGCGGCGGGGUGACGACGCAGCAGCCUUCCAUGUCCCAGAAUAUGCUACGCUCGAGCGCGGAAAAUCUGUCGAAUCUCGGCCAACAUCAGCAUCCGCCACAUCCGCACGCCCUUAGCCUCGGCAUGCCGGCCCAGGUCACUAUCGCACGUCCAUACACGGGUUCCCCGAUGCCACUGACGCCGCUGAUGCCCGGUUGCACAGCAUUAACACCGAAUGGGCCACCCUACCACUACAGCGAGCCGAUACCACCGGCGCCCACGAGUUCGUUGUCAGCCAGCCAAUCGCAGCCUGCCUUUCAUCACCAGCAGCAGCAGCAGAAGCUGCAUACGUACAAUGCGGCUGUAGCGGCAGCGGCAGCGGCAGCGUUGGCGGCGCAGCACGUGGACGUGACGGCGCAGAAGCAGCCGCAGACGCACAGCAGCCACUUCCCCACGGCCAACCAGUACCAAGAGAGCUACCCGCACACGCAAACCUACCAGCAGCCACCACCUCCAGCACCGACGCUACCUGUUUCUUCGAGCGGUUACAUGCCUGGGGGGGUCGUCAGCCAGAGUGCGGUCACGCACUACACACCCGCCAGUGCGCUCACGUCCACCGGCUAUCAGCUCAAUGGCACGCAAUCACAGAGCACGACGUUUCCGAUGUCGUUAACGUCGCACCCGUCGAGCGUUAGCGGUACGUACAGCACAGUGCAGCCGCCAAUCUCUUCGUACGCCGGCCAGUUGGGCCAGCAUAGCACAGGCCUUGGCACCACUACGAGUGUUCUCGGCCAGACGAGCCUCACGCAACAACCGCUCUCGAGCAGUUUGCCACCGUUCUCGAGCUCGUCCUACCACUCGACGCUCGCCGGCCUCAGCAGCGUCUCACAGUCAGUGCUUCCCUUCACCACGGCGACCAGCACCUUCUCCACGGCGGCCACAUCCUACAGCAACGUUGGGACCAAUGCCUUUGGCACCUCCGGCGUUACAACAGGCUCGAGCAGCUUGCUGUCAGCGAUGAACGACCCGCUGCAGGUGAUACAGGCGCAGCUAUCGGCGCAGUCGCAAGCAAAUCAAAUACAGCAGCAGGCGAUAAUCCAGCAAAUACAGCAGAGCUUGCGCACGACAUCGCCGACGUCGACGGGCACGUCGAGUCACCACUUUGGUCUCGGCAGCAGUACGCGCCAGAUGCCCAAGCUGCCCGCGAGUAUUCUGACGAACCCACUGGAUCGAUUGGCCGCUGACCCCAGCCUCGAGCCGGGCCAAGUAGACAUGCUCGACAUCCCCGGCAAAGGACGCUGCUACGUAUACAUCGCGCGCUUCACCUACGAGCCCUUUCAACACUCGCCCAACGAGAAUCCCGAGGCCGAGUUGCCGGUGCAGGGUGGCGACUACCUGCUCGUCUGGGGCCAGCCCGACGAGGACGGCUUUCUCGACGCGGAGACCCUCGACGGCAGGCGAGGCCUCGUGCCGGCGAAUUUCGUGCAGAAGCUCGUUGGCGACGAUCUGCUCGAGUUUCAUCAAGCCGUUCUGGGACUCAGGGACGUCGAUGACGCCGUGUCAACCAACAUUCCUCAGAUGAUACGCACUUCCUCUGUAGUCGAUGGUUCCAAAAAAAGCCAAAAUUCUAAAAGCGGUAAUUCUGGCACGAGUACCGCCAGUGCCACGUCAGUACGUGACAACGCUAGCUGUUACUUGCAGGACAUCGAUUUAGAGCUGGCAGCUUUGGAAGAGGGAAAUCGUAAUCGCGCGGCUGAACUGUCUGCACUUGCGGAGCUUGACCAAAUCGCCGACGAAGACGAACAAGAGCCGCCAGAAGACUACCUGUUUUCGGACUUAGUACCGGCGCCACAGCACCUCACCCUCGAGCGGCAGCUGAACAAAAGCGUGCUGAUCGGUUGGACGCCGCCGGACAAUCCACACCAGAUCGAGUCCUACCACGUUUACGUCGAUGGCGUACUCAAGGUCACCACCAAGGCUACCGAGAGGACGCGCGCGCUCGUCGAGGGCGUAGACUCUACUAGGCCUCAUCGGAUAAGCGUGCGAUCGGUGACACACACGCGGCGGACGUCACGCGAUGCUGCGUGCACGAUGGUUAUCGGCAAGGACAUGGCGAUCGGUCCGACGGCGGUGAAAGCUUCGAACGUAACAGCGACAUCGGCGGUGAUAUCGUGGCUACCGAGUAACAGCAACCAUCAGCACGUGGUGUGCGUGAACAACGUGGAAGUACGCACGGUCAAGCCAGGCGUUUAUCGACAUACGAUAACAGGACUGGCGCCGUCGACUAUCUACCGAGUGACCGUCAAGGCCAAAAAUCUACGCGCCACGCACUUCGAGGACCAAAAUCUGCAGCUGUCGAUCAACCAGGCCUGUCACGUCCACUUCAAGACGCUGCCCAAGGGACUUCCCGAUCCUCCGGUCGAUAUCCAGCGGGUGUCUGUGACUCAGGUGGAGGCUGGACCGCAGGACGGCACUUUGCUAGUGACCUGGCAGCCUGUUGCCCUAAACGGUUCGGCAGUCACCGGUUACGCGGUUUACGCCGAUGGCAAGAAAGUCACCGACGUCGACAGUCCCACGGGCGAUCAUGCGCUUGUCGACAUACACAAGCUCAUGGGUCUCAAUCCGAAGCACAUCACCGUCAGGACCAAGAGUCGAGAGAGUCAGUCCGGCGAUAGCUGCGCCACAGCCAUUCCCUGCAGUGUUCUCAGAGGUGGUCCAAUGGCAAUACAGAAUCAGCAAAUGCAUCAGCAACAAGAUAUGUCGAUGCAAAUACACCAGCAGAUGCAAGACCCAUCGAUGAUGGAUCCGAAUCAGCAAAGAAUGAUGGGACCGAAUCAGAGGUAUCCACAGGCCAAUUCACAACUGCCGCCACACAUGAGGCGGCAAAACACGCGCGUCGACGCUCACGGCCAGGUCAUCAUUGAGACUGACGAGAAUCUUUCCGACAAAGAAAUCUAUCCUGGCCAGAGUAUGGGCGUGCCGGAAAUAACAAAAGACUCUACGAGCGAGGCGAACUUCAGCGAGGAGGAGCAAGAGCCAACACCUAGGCCGCGUGACAAUCAAGGCCCAAUGGGUGUUAAUGCGGGGCCUCACCGUGGCAGUCCAAAUCAUCAUCCUCACCCCCAGCAGCAGCAACAACAGCAACAAUCGUCAGCAGUCCGGCAACAACAGCAACAUCAUCCACAACAGUCACAACAACAACAGCAUCAUCAACAUAUGCAAAUGCAGAUGCAACAACUGCAGCAGCAUCGACAACAGCAACAGCACCAACACCCACACCAGCAGCAGCAGCGUUACGGGCCAGCAUCCGAUCGGAUGGGUGGUCCGGGACCAAGGCAGGGCCCCCCACCGGGACACCCGAGGCCUCAACAAGGUGCUGGGCCUAGGCCUCAACCGCCACCGGAUCAGUACUACGAACAGCCACCACCAGGUAAUCAAAGAGGACGAGGACCUAUGUACAGAGGCGGUCCUGUGCAACAAGCACAAGCUGGUCCACACCGUUCACCUGGUAUCCAGCAAGCAAACAAGCGGACCCGGUGGUUCGUGGCUCUUUUCGAUUACAAUCCGACAACCAUGUCGCCGAAUCCCGAUGCCUGCGAAGAGGAGUUGCCAUUCUCAGAAAAUGACAUAAUCAAGGUUUACGGUGACAAAGAUGCAGAUGGUUUCUUCUGGGGUGAGUGUCGUGGUCGACGUGGCUACGUGCCUCAUAACAUGGUCGAGGAAAUAAAAGAUCCACAUCAAAUUCAACAAUUGAAUGCCGGGCAACCGGGUAGUUCUGGAGGGCCUGGCCCUGUGAAUCGACGCGGUCCAGUACCGAGUGACCGUUGGGGCGACAUCUACGCCAGUAUGCCAGUGAAGAAAAUGAUUGCUCUUUACGACUACGAUCCCCAGGUGUUGUCGCCGAAUGUAGACGCCGAGCAAAUGGAAUUGAGUUUUCAAACUGGAAACGAGAUUUAUGUUUAUGGCAACAUGGACGACGACGGGUUUUACUUGGGCGAGUUGGACGGCGUCCGAGGUCUGGUGCCGAGUAACUUUUUGACGGAAGCACCCGACCAAGGUCAAAUGCCGCCAGGUAGAGGCAGACCCCUGGGCCAGGGCCAAGGUCCUGGUGCUAGGGGUCCGCCUCCACCUCCACGAGAGCCGCCUGGUGGACCGCGAGGCCGUAGUAAAGAUGCCUGCAUUGUGCCUGUGUCUGUCCCUGUCUGUCACUUAGACUCUAGACAACAACAACCACUAAAGAACAAGCAACAAGUACCACAUCAAGUACAACAAUCUCAACAAAACAAACCACCGCGUGUAGCGUACCAACAAGCGAAUCACCACAGCUACACGGGCAUGGGUCCCAAUCAGCAUCCGGGUAUGGGUAUGGGACCUAACAAGGGCCCACACAUGGGCCCACAUCCGCCCGGUCAAAUGCCGCCGCACAUGCAGCAGCAGGGGAGGGGGAGAGGCAUGCUCAACCAGGUCGGUGGUAGUAAUAUGAUGCCGGGUGGUCCCCGAGGUAUGCCAGGCCAAAUGCAGCAGCAUCCGCAACAAGGUCAGCAGGGUGGCCCUAUGGGUGGCCCAAUGAGUGGUCAGAUGGGUGGUCAGAUGGGUGGUCAGAUGGGUGGUCAGAUGGACGGGCAGAUGGGUGGCCAAAUGGGAGGCCCAAUGGGCGGCCCGAUGAGUGGCCAAAUGGGAGGCCCAAUGGGUGGUCAAAUGGGAAGCCAAGUGGGGGGUCCGAUGGGCGGAUCAGGUGGCUACCAGCAACAACAGGGCCCAGGCGCUUACCAGCAGCAGGGCCAGCAGCAGCAACACCAGCAACAGCAGCAAGGCCCUGGCGGCUAUCAGCAGCAGCAUCCCGGGGGACCAGGCGGCUUCCAACAGCAGCAACAGCGACCAAUGGGUCAGCAGGGCCCGUACGGUCCGCAAGGCCCCCAGGGCGCGCAGCAACAGCAGUACGGGCCCCAGCAGCAGCAACAGCAGCAAGGCCUCGGGGGCAUGAUGUCGGGCCCCGGGGGCAUGAUGGCGGGCCCUCAGGCGAAUAAACCUAUGCGCGGCAUGCCCAACGUUAUACCCACGGCCCAGCCGGGUAUGCCAGGCAUGGGUCAGCAGCAGCAUCCCCAGCAGCAGCAGCAGCAACAGCAGCAGCAACAACAGCAGCAGCCCGGCGCGGCAGGGCCCAACCUCAUGCAGAAGUUCACGGAGAUGGCGGGCCAGGCGAGCACAGGUGGCGACAUCCUGUCCAAGGGUAAGGAGCUCAUCUUCAUGAAGUUUGGCCUGGGCAAGUGAGUGAUACGAGCCGUGGUCGUGCCCAGCCACGACCGGCCAGCUCGCACUUACCGCUCGAGUUCAGUCGUCGUCAUGGUCCUGCUCAGCUUAGGCAGCAGCAGUUGGACGAUCAACGCCAACGUUAAAGUCAAAGCUUUGCCAAUCAGUAUUAUUCGUGCAAACGCCGUACACAUUGCACAGUACUUGUCGAAGACAUAUCGCUCUUUAUUUCACGUUGCCUCCUCGGCUCGGGUAACCUAUGGAUGCUCCGUACGAAGCCCGUCUAUCCCUCCCCGGCAGCCGCUUCUCGCAACGAACUCUAGCAUACAUAUACAUCAACCUAUACAUAUUUAAACUCAGGACAAACACGUAGGAAAUGCUCAAAGUUGAACCAAGUAAUUGCGACGAGCGUUAUCAUAUAUAUAUAUAU